CGCGGUGUUCCAUGAGAUGUCAGUGGACCCGUUAUCGGGGACAGUUACGCCGUCGUCGUCGUCGUCGCCGUUGUUGUUGUCGUCGUGAUCACCAUGAGGAGGUCCUCCUACGUCAACUAUUACGUCCUGUGCCUCGUGUGCUGGAUCCUACUAGGCAUUACCGGGGUAAGUACGAGAUCUCAUUCGCUGGUGAAGAGAUUCGACGGGAUUUACACGGGGCCUUACUUCGACUCAAACACUCCAACGAAUAUCACGGCGCAGUUGGGCACUCAUGCUUACCUACCGUGCAAAGUGCGGCAGCUUGGUAACAAAUCAGUCUCCUGGAUCAGAAGAAGAGACUCGCAUAUCCUCUCGGUGGAUAGAACCAUGUUCAUUCCGGACGAAAGGUUCCAAGCGAUUUUCGGGGAGGCGGACACGUGGACGCUGCAGGUGAAAUACGUCCAAGCGCGCGAUGAAGGCGAGUACGAGUGCCAAAUCUCGACCGACCCGAAGAAGAGUCACAUCAUCAAGCUCAACAUCGUCGUGCCAAAGAUCGAGAUCUUGGGGGACCGUGACAUGUACGUGAAAACCGGAAGUACAGUCGCAAUACGAUGCGUAAUAAAGCAGUCCCUCGAGGGUCCGUUCUACGUCUUCUGGUACCACGAGGGUGAUCGCGUUCUAAAUUAUCAGCUGGGCAAGAUCGACAUUCAGACGAAGAGGAUCGAGCAGGAUACGGUGAGCAGCCUAGUGAUCCACAACGCGAGACGGGAGGACUCGGGUAACUAUACUUGCAGCCCGAGUAACUUGGAUAGCGCGAGUGUGCAGCUGCAUGUGCUAAACGGGGAACACCCCGCGGCUAUACAGAGAGGCAUCAGUUCAGCACCAGGUGGCUGUCCCACUCUAUGGUGGCUGGCAGGUGUGGUGACACUGUACUCGAGUCACGGCAGUCGUCUAUUCGUCCUCGUUCUUCUGAUCCUUAUGGUUCUCUACUCGAAAAAUCCAUCUUACUUUGCGACGGAACGAUAAUCAGGCAAGACCGCAAGGAUGGUAUACGCGUAUAAUCGAUUAUCUCCUGCUACGAGACCCCGACUACCUCGAGAGAAGAGAUCCUCGAUGUUGCGGACCGAUUUUCGGAGAUCAAGGACAAAAAGGGCGAGGAUGAAAAGAUUAGGAAGAUAGAGGGUAAUAUACGAGAUAAAGAGAAAGAGAAAGAUCGGAGGAAAGAAUAAUGAUCCCGGAGGUAGUAUGUUUUUUCUCCGUACGCGUGAAGUAAGAGUUAGAGGUUCAUCUCGAUUAUCGAGACAGUGAUCCGGCCGUUAGAAAUUAGGAAUUAGUUUAUUAUAUAAAUUCUUGUUAAAUUGCUGCGAGAAGCUAUACGUGCUGGAGAAGCUACGAAAUUUUUGACGUUGUCGGAAAUAUAAAUUAGGUCGAGCUUGAACAACGGGUAGUUCGUGAA